AUGGGACUCCUCCAGGUCCUCGUCCUCCAGCUCCUCCUGGUCCCUGCUUUAUCGCUGACGGAGCCCAUUCAUGACUUCUGGGGAGAGUUUGGAGUCUACGGCCCCUGCAGUCGGACCUGUGGCUCCGGGGUCUCCAUGAGAACCAGGAAAUGCAUCACGUCCAGGCUAGCACUCCCUAUCUGUCGUCAUUCCAGAACGGACGGAGGACACAACUGUUUAGGAUCCUCCAAGUCGUACCGCAUCUGCAACACUCAGGAGUGUCCAGUUGGUUCCAGAGACUUCCGUGAGGAGCAGUGUUCUCAGUUUGACCGUUCAGACUUUCAGGGAAAACACCACACAUGGGUCCCAUACUAUGGAGCUCAGAACCCGUGUGAGCUGCUGUGUGUGCCGCGGGGACAGGACUUCUCCUACAGACACAGCUCUACGGUGGUGGACGGGACACGGUGCUACACGGGACGCAACGACAUCUGCAUCCACGGCGUCUGCAGGACCUACAUCCGUGGGGAGAUCAUGGGUCUGGAUGAGGACCCGCCCCAGGCCUCGGUUCCGGUGGUGGUCUCUCCUCACCCCACACAGGUCCACAGCUACACCUACAGAGCGGGCGUGUACGGGGCCUGCACUGCCUCUUGUGGCGGGGGCAUGCAGUACCGCCCGGUGGACUGCUGGGUCCAGGAGCCAGGGGCGCCCCGUGUGGUGGAGGAGGUGUACUGCAUCACACAGCGGCUGCAGAGACCAGCGAGUCAACAGGCCUGCAACAUGCACCAGUGCAGCGCAGAGUACAGCGUGUCCAGCUUCAGUGCGUGUUCGGUGACGUGUGGGGAGGGGCAGCAGAGGCGGGAGGUGCACUGUGUGGGAUCCUCAGGUGAGCGGCUUCCGGAACAUUCCUGCAGCUCUGUCCCGCGGCCGGAGUCUUCUCGUGUGUGUCGCAGACCCGCCUGUCGCACACACACCCUCUGGCACGUCACCGACUACGGCCUGUGUACGCGCAGCUGUGGGGGAGGCGUGAGGGAGAGGAGGGUGGGCUGCCUGGACACGGACCUGAACCCCCACCCAGAGGCUCAGUGUGGACCAGAGACCAGACCCCAGACUGUGGAGACCUGCAACAGCCAGCCCUGCCCCGGGCCUCAGAGGGUCCCGAGUGUCCAGGACCCUCGCUCUCAUGAGACCACCAUGAGAGGGUUCGUGCCCCACGUCCCCGAGGACCCCACAGCUUCCAGGCCUGAGGGGGUCCCCCGUUGUGCUCAGACCUAUUACGGCUGCUGUCCUGACGGUGUGUCCCCCGCCACGGGCCCCAGGUCCCAGGGCUGUCACCGUGACGACUGCGUGACCUCCAGAUACGGCUGCUGUCUGGACGGACUGACCCCAGCUCUGGGUUUUGGUCGAGCCGGAUGCCCCGAGUACCAGGCCCCAGAGCUGCCGCCCGUGCCACCGCGGCCCGUGGCGCCCUCCUACGACGUCUGCGCUCUCCCUCGUGACGAAGGCCCCUGCGACACCUGGAAAGUGCGCUUCUACUUCGACGCCGCCGCCGGAAAAUGCGUUGACUUCUGGUACGGCAGCUGCCACGGCAACGACAACAACUUCCCGAGCCUGGAGGCGUGUCAGAGACAGUGUGGGCACCUGAGGAGAGAGACCCCGGCCGGUCGCAGGGUCUCUCCCCGGGUCACGGCCGGGCGGGCUCAGGCGUGA